AUUGGCUGUCAGCUCGCUCCCUGUAGUGGGGUUCUCUCUAAUCACAUCGGCAUGUUUUGCACAAGAAAUGUCAGCCAGAAAGGGCUAUCUUCUCCCUUCGCCAAAAUAUACCACAACAAUGUCAUGCUCAGACAGCCCGGCUGGAAACCCGUUUUUAGUAGACUCCCUGAUCAGUGGCAGCCGAGGCGAAGGAGGAGGGGGUUAUUGUCAGGGCAGUGGCGGCUACCUGCCACCAGCUUCAGAGCUGUCCUACGGACUGCCGAAUUGUGGAUUUUUUUCUGGACUCGGUAAACGGAACGAGGGUAGCUCGCACGCUAUGGUCCCCACGUCCAGCCCCUACAUGCCUGGGAUGGAGGUUUGGCUAGAUCCUCCACGAUCCUGCCGCAUGGAGCAGCCUGCGAGCCACCAGCAGGUAGCGCCUUGUUCCUUUUCUCCGAACAUUAAAGAGGAGAGUGCUUAUUGCCUGUAUGAGUCAGAGAAGUGUCCAAAGGGCUCAGCAGCAGAUAAUGUCUGCUAUUCAAGGCUGAUAUCUGGGUCCUGUUCUGCCAGUGAUAACAGCACCGUGCCCGUACCAGGCUACUUCCGCCUGUCCCAGACUUAUGCAUCUCCCAAGGUUUAUCACGGGGUUGAAGCCGGUACUUCUCCGUUUGUCCUACAGCCUCAGGUUCGUUUAGAUACUCCCCCGUCUUCUUCUGCUUUAGUAGAGGCUGGAAGGAAAGAGGGCGAAGAAGCUUCCUCAAGUAAUUUAACUUCUGUCUCUCAAAGAGAAGAAGAGACCCACGCUUCUUCACCCGCAGAAGAAUCUUCACCAGAACCUCCUGAAAAUAACAAAACAAGUCCAGACAAACCAAUCAAAGGAGAUACAAAAAGUGAAAGCACUGCCAAUUGGUUGACAGCGAAAAGUGGAAGAAAGAAAAGGUGUCCCUACACCAAACACCAGACUCUGGAACUAGAAAAGGAGUUCCUUUUCAAUAUGUACCUGACUCGAGAGCGGCGCCUAGAGAUCAGCCGCUGUGUCCACCUGACUGACAGACAAGUCAAAAUCUGGUUUCAGAACCGCAGAAUGAAACUGAAGAAGAUGAGCCGGGAGAACAGGAUUCGAGAGCUCACCGCGAAUUUAAGCUUUUCGUGAUAAACUUCUACAGUUGCUGCUCGACUGUGUAUCAUUAUAAUUGAAAUUUGGGUAAAAGAGUUAAAUAAUUGAAAGAAUAUCAUUUCUUAGAAUUACGUUUGUGAUUUACUUGUGUCUAUUUUAUAUUAUUUUACUUUUUUUUAUCGUCAUUGAGUUUGAAAAAACCGGCUCUUGAGCCAGUUAUGAAAUAUAACAUUUCAUGUGAGGUUUUUCAAAAACCAAAUAGUUUCCAAAGGAAUUAAUUGGAUUGAUUUCAGUUAGAUGUUUACUCUAUUUAAUAGACUAGGUUAAACUGUCCACUGAAAUGAAAUGAGAUGCAUGAAUAUGAGGGAGGUAUGUCUUUAUUUUCAAUGUAAAGAUAAAGUGACUGUGUAUAAUAACACUGAACAUAUACCAGAAAGCUAAUACCUCCUUUCACAAAAGGAUGAGGAUUUAAAACAUCUGGACUAGACAUGUUAGCCUAAUGCUAUGUAAAUAUUUAUGUACAACUCAGUUGUCGCGUGUAUAUAAACAGUAUGACGUUGUCAUUGAAAGGCAAAGACUUUAUAAUGUUCAGUUCGCCAUGUUUUUGUUUCUGCCAAUGGAAAGACGUGCAUGGUUCAGAAAAAUAUCGACCAAGUAAAAAAAAAAAAAAAAAAAAAACGUUAUUCAGUCUAUACUGUGAAAUGUAAUUAUCACUUAUUGUGUUAUAAUUUAAAUAAAAUGAUGGUGGUGGUGUUACAAUAAAAUAAGCUAUCUCUGACAUUAUUAAUAAAUGAUCCGCUCUGAACGCUGUUUUUGAACAGGUUUAUUUCUCUUGUAAAAAUCAACUUUUCCAAAAGCACUGAUUCGCUACUACUGUUUAUGAUAUCCUGUCAAUCUAUCU